AUGUUACAAACAGACCUUCUUGGCGUGCCCGCUCCCUCCUCCACUGCUGCUUCCUCCUUCUGCUCUGCUCCUGCAGCAGCGAAGGAGACUCUGGUGUUUACUGUGGCUGAUGAAAAGCCCAAGGAAGGAGUAAAGACUGAGGACAACUAUCAUAUUAAUUUGAAGGUGACAGGGCAGGAUGGUUCUAUGAUGCAGUUUAAGAUUAAGAGACAUAAACCACUUAGUAAACUAAUGAAAGCCUAUUGUGAAUGGCAGGACAAGCCUGCACAGUUGGAAAUGGAGGAUGAAGAUGCAAUUGAUGUGUUCCAGCAGCAGACAGCAGGCAUCUACUAA